GUCCAGCCCGUCAUGACCAUCCGAUCCAACAAUUGCUGAGACUCACAUCAUCUAUAUAAUACCAACGACAUCUCAUCCAAACCAUUCAUCACUUACAUCUUCCAACUUGAUCUGAUCAAGCAAGAGCCUCUUCUCUUCUGAGCCAAGACCACUGCCUUGCUUGUUCCUCUUCAACCCCUCCAUCACCACCUCACCAACUCUUCUUACAACAACUCACACACACAAUCACAAUGGCCAUGUUCGCCAUCUCACAACAACACCCUUAUGCCUACGCCGCAGUCCCGGCACCGGCUCCUCCUCCUCCUCGACACUGCUCAAACCACGGCACCAGCAGCGCCUUCAGCAGCUCUGCCCACCCUGAUGAGGACUGGACCAAGAUCUCAGAUCUUGCCGAGCGCAGGAGAAUACAGAACCGCAUUGCUCAGCGCAACUACCGCAAGAAGCUUAAGCGACGUCUGGAGGAUCUUGAGCGCCGCGCUGGAUCCGAAGAGGGCGAUGCUGAGAAGCAGCCCUCGCCAGUCAGCCAGCCUGCCGCCAGCCCCAACAAGGUCGCCAAGCGUCAAUCCAUCUCCAAGGCUCACAAAGUGCACCAGGCACCAGCUCCUGUCCGCCUCCCGACUCCUCCCAAGACCAUUGUCUCUCAGGGCCAAUUCACUCCUCCCAUGGAGUCUCACGACGAGCUGUCUUUUGUGCAACCCACUUACCACCACCACGACGAGCGCGAGCGAUCCAACACUCCGCCCGUCCUCUCGUACACAACAUACCCAGCUCCCGACGAGCUGCUCAUCAACCCUUAUGGCUCCGCUCACGCCUAUCCUACCAUGACUACUGCUGAGGUCUACCCCAACUACCUCAGUGCUGCGAUGCCCGCCUCGCUGCCGCCUCUGGGCCACUACAGCGAGCCCAUUAAGCGAGAGAUGUAUCCCGACAACGUCAUCAGCCCAUACAUUGGCUAUGGCUUCAUGUCGACUCACGAUAUGGGCAUGCCCACUCCCUACGACCCUUCCAACCCUCUGGUGAGUUCGGCUAGGCAUCAAUUCUCUUACCCUCGGGAUCUGCGUUGCUGAUUCUGAAUGCCAGACUCCUCCUCUGACGCAUUCAUACGACCACUCGGCUGCCUGCUCUGAGACGGGCUUCGAG